AUGUCUCGUGGAAGAGAACCUUUUAGCCUUGUGGGACCCAAACACCUUACCACCAUUGAUUGGAACGACGACAGCCAUCGAAGGUCCGUAUCAGCCAGCUUGGUCAGGGGUGUUUCCGAGCGGGAACGUGACCGGCAAGUGGAAUUACGUGGAGGCUCUGAGACACUUGCGCCACAAUGGUGGGAGUUUUUCAACUUCAAGUUAGUGAAUGAGCUCGUCGAUGAGGAUGAUGAAAGCAUCUUCGGUGCCAUUUUUGAAUAUGUAUUUCCUUCGGCAACUAAUCCAGGCCCUGGAUACGUAAUCGCCUUUCGAGGUACCCUAUGGAAACGAGAAACUUGGAAAAGGGAUCUUGAGUUUGAUUUCGCAACAAUCCUAAAUACACUUCAUCAAACUAGUCGUGUUCGGACCGCCAUGAAAUAUGUUGAAGAUAGGGUGUCAAAGGCUGGUUCUUCAAAGGUGUGGUUAACUGGUCAUUCCCUAGGGGCAGCCAUCGCAAUGCUUGCUGGAAAGAACAUGGCGAAAAGAGGCAAAUUCUUGGAAAGUUUUUUGUUUAAUCCGCCAUAUGCAUCUUUCCCAAUUGAGACAAUCUUCAAAAACCAUAAGAAUCUGAUACUUGGACUUCAACUGACGACCACUGUUAUCAAAGGCGGCGUUGCCCUUGCUUUCGGAUAUAGUGGUGAUGAAGAUUCAUUUGCUGCAAUAUCAGGGUGGAAGCCAUGUUUGUUUGUGAAUAAUAGAGACUUCAUAUGUCGUGGAUAUAUUGAACAUUUCAAGAAUAGAAGAAAGAGCCACGACUUUGGAGUUUGUGGACUAAUAAGCCAUCAUUCACUAAGAAAUAUAGUGAUGAAAGAACUGAAAAUAAUGGAUGUUGAAAUUUCGGAGCCGCUUCAUUUGCUUCCUUCGGCAAAUCUUAUAGAGAAUCUCAGUCCUCCCGAAGAAAGCAUUCCACCUCAUAAACUUCGUCAUUGGUGGAAGCCUGACCUGAACUUGCGUUGUACUGUUUAUAACUACGAAUAG